UGUCACAGGCCUUUUUUCGUUUACAAACAGAAAUGAUUACCGAGCAAAGCAUUAAAGAGAAUUUUCCCCUUCACUGGAGUAUUUGGAGUAAUGACCUGCAGGGCCUCAAAGAUGGUCUCCUCUCGGAAGGCGUUGAAGUUGAGAAGAAGGAUGUCAGGGGUCGCACUCCACUUAUGUUAGCUAUUACACUUGGACGCCUCGAGAUGACUCAAGAACUCAUUCGCCAUGGUACCAAUGUCAAUACAGAAAAUAAAGAAGGCUGGACAGCUGUUCAGGAAGCUGUCGCAACUGGUGAUCUAGACUUGGUGGCACAAGUUCUAGAGAGAAGGGAUUUUCAGCGCCAUUCUUCCCGCAUUGGAGGUGUACCAGAGCUUUUGCGUAAGCUCAAAGAGGCUCCUGACUUUUAUGUGGAAAUGAAGUGGGAAUUCACAAGCUGGGUGCCUCUUGUUUCACGAAUGUGUCCCAGUGACACAUAUAAAGUCUACAAACAGGGAUCUAAAGUCCGUAUUGAUACAACUCUUCUUGGUUUCGACCAAACAGACUGGCAUCGGGGCAACACUAGUUAUAUAUUCCACGGUCAAACUGAUACGGCAACAAUGAUGGAAGUAGAUCAUGAAACUCAUGAAGUGUUUGUGGAACAGAUGGAGAUGCCUGCAAAUAUUGAACUAGGUGGAAUGUUUCCUUCCAAUUCAUCAGUUCUUACUCGACUGAGAUCUCCUAUAGUCACAACAUAUGUAGAUACAGAAAACAUUAGCUUUGAAAGAAAUAAAAGUGGGAUAUGGGGAUGGCGUUCUGAUAAAUCAGAAGAUGUCAAUGGAUAUUCUUGUAAGGUGUUCAGCUGUAACAAUGUAGCCCUUGUGACCAAAACUCGAACAGAACAUCUCUCCGAGAAGGAUAAGAUUCAGUCCAAAAUGCCACGAACACCUCUUCACAGCUUCCUCGGUAUUGCUCAAAAUGAACAAGUGCAGGUUCAAGGACAACCUGAACCAGGCUCCUCAUCUGAUACUAACUCUGAAGAGGAAGUCAUUAAAGGUAACCCCUGCAAUAUAACAGCAUUAGAAUACUUUGAUCCAGAGGUAGAUCUUGGUGGCAGGGACAUAGGAAGACCCAAGGAAAUGGCUUCCCGUACGCAGAAAUUCCGAGCUACUUUAUGGUUGUGUGAAGACUAUCCAUUGGCACUCCAAGAACAGAUAAUGCCUAUAGUGGACUUGAUGGCCAUUUCUUCACCACACUUCGCAAAACUAAAAGAUUUCAUUCAGAUGCAACUUCCAGCAGGUUUCCCUGUGAAGAUAGAAAUUCCUCUCUUCCAUGUUCUAAAUGCUCGGAUCACAUUUGGCAAUAUCUAUGGAAUGGAUCAGCCUGUUGAUGGUGUAACAUUCAUUAAUGAGGAUGCAUGGCGAGGUUGUGUAGUGGAUGACUCAGUGUUCAAUGCUCCUGCAUCUUAUGCCAGAAUUGGCUCAGCGUCAAGGAGACAACCUAAUUUAGAAGAAGAAGAUGAGUUGCUCCAAUUUGCCAUCCAGCAGUCCAUCAUUGGAUCGGGAAAUGAGAGAGAUGAGGUUGACAUAUGGGAAGCCCUUAGAGCAGCACCUCCUCAGAGACCUACAACACCGUUACUCCUCGGGGAAGAAGAACGUCAAUUACAAAGGGCAAUCCAAGCCAGUUUGCUAGAGGACAUAUCCAGAUCCGAUGCAGAGAGAGAACCUGUCCAUUUUGUUGAUGGCCCUCCAAGGACUCCAGAUGACGACUCAGACUUGCAAGCAGCUAUUGCUCUCAGCAGACUUCAAGAAGAGGAGGAUGAACGACGACGCAAAGAAGAAGAAGAAAUGUUACAGGAGGUCCUAAGACUUUCAGUCACUGAUAAGUGAUCUAGAAUGUACAGCAAGACCCUCUGAAACACAAAACUCAUGAAAUUACAAAGUACUCAACAAGAAAGCUGCUGAUGAAAUUUUAUUGCAUUUAUGGCAGCACAGAAUUGGUUGUUACUUUAUAUGUCAGGGUUUGACGAAGGUGAUAUAUUAGCAGCAUCUUAAAACUUUUUUCAAUUUUUAUAUGCUUUGUGUGAAAAUGAUGGGUUCAGAUUCACAGUUCUAUUGACCAUGCCUAAAUUAAGGUUAUUGUGAAGUGAAAGUUUUGCAGUUUUUGUGAUUUUGUGUAUUUUUAAUUUCUCUUUUUGUCAAGGGGCUCGAUUUUCUAAUACUGUUCCUCAUCUAAACUCAGGACCAGAAACUUUCAUUUCUUCCCAGUCAUUAGGAAUAAAAUACCACAAUGACACUCCUAAUCAUUUAGGAAAAUUCUUGGAAUAGAAUGACUGCAUAAAAUCUGUAGUGUAUAAUCACUUCAUGAUAGCCUUAACAUUUUGUUGUGAUGAAAUCAUCAUCUAAGCUGCACGAAAGUUAUGUACUUCUAAAGCUUAAAGUGCUUCCUGCCACACAUUUCAUAAAAGAAAUGAAAUUGGAAUGUCCCUGUGCCUUUCCCUUGAGAUUUUUUCUUUUCAGUUCUAUUUUCUCUUUAGAGUUUUGCUUCUUUAUUAUUUAUUAUAUCUUUAGUUUUGUGUCUUUUUAAGUUAUUAUUUUUUUGUUUUGUUUUGUGGAAAGAUAAUGGGUGGUGUUGCUUUUCUAAGUCAUGUUAACCCCUUUUUUUGUUUUUAUUGUUUAGUAUUAUUUCCCCAAUUCCUCUUGUCUUGUUUUAUCAAACAAUGUAUCAUGUCAUAUCAGCUAGAGUAUGGAUUGGUGAGGAUUGAAUUGACUGCAUUUAGCCGUGGAGUGUGUAGCAUUUUCUUCUUACAGCACUUUCGACUUGGAAUUUAAAAUAGAGCAAAUGCCUUCAUUUUAUUUAUAUUGAUAACUUCCACAUACUUGUUUUUUCCUGCAUCAGGAACUGAAUUAGUGGUGAUCAGUACUAAUAAUUAAUGAAAACAGAUGUGGAACUCCAUUGUACCACUUCCUGUGUAGGAAAGGGUUUUGUAACUGCUUCAAAUUUUCUUUAAGCUUGUCUACUAUAUGGCUGUGUGUCAGAUGAGCUGGUCAAGAUUGUUGAUUGAAAACUUGGCCAAAACUGUCUGUGAUCUGUCUUGAUUUAAUAAUUAUCUUUUUACUCAGUUUCAUCACACAUAGUUGAAAAUAAAGUUAUCAGAAGAUUUCAACUCAUGCCUUCUCCCUCAAUUGUUUUGUGUGCACUGCUGCUUAUAAAUCUUUGAGAUUUUCUACAUCCGGUGAAGUGUCAACCAUGAAUUGCACAAUGCAGACCAAGCUAGGGUACCUCUUAUUGGGUGAUAAUGAAACAACUUUGGAUCCAUUUACUAGUUUAAUCAACACACAAAAGUGGACUUUCAUUGAAUACCAGAUAACGGUCAUAUUUAAAAAAUUCUCUUCAAUAACACAGCACUAACAAUGAUGCAGUACAAGAAAACACUACGUCACCAAUUGAAACUUGAGUGCUAGCAAAUUACAAUACCCUACUUAAAUGGAACAGCACACAAAAGGAAACUUCACUUUUCCUUGGGCAACAGUAAAAAAAGUAGAUUCGCCAGUUUUCCACAGUUGUAAGGCAAAGUUAUCUUGUAUCUAACCAAAGCACUCACGACCUUUAGAAAAAUAAAAUAUCUUCUGACAAAUGCAAUCCUUGUUAUGAGCAGGUAACUUAAGUC